AUCACAAGAGGUUACAGCAGAUUUAAAGACUCCGCAGAAGGUUGAUUAACAAAGCGUUCCAUUCCUUCAUUUACUUCCCUGGCCUUCUUUCAAUGGCCUCAUAAAACGGCCUCCGAAAAACCUGAUUACAUUGGCACUCCUUUCUUUGUUUUGAUUUCUUUGCGCUAAUCAAUUUGCAAUGAUCGUUUGGUAACUACUUACGUCUCCAUGGUAAACAAAUCACGAGAAACAUCCCAUAAUGCACGCGUCAGUCAUUAAUGAGAUCACACAGAGCAUAAGUGACGAGAAAUCUCUACCAUCUCUUUGCAAAAUGUGAUCGUUUUUUCAUCGUAAACGAAAUUAGAAGUUCUAAGUGAAGCGAAACAACACUGUGGGAGCAUGGCUGCUCACGAGAGAGGGAUAAAUAUGAUGGGAAAACCCGUUUAUCUUCAUCUCAACGGGGACAAUUUUAAGAGAAAGCGAAUUGUGGUCAACCAGAGAGAAAUGCGGAGUUUUGAUUCUUUUCUGAAUGCUGCUGCAACAAGUUUUCGUAUACCAGCUCGAGAAAUAAGGACACCAGCUGGUAGACAUCGCAUCAGAAAUCUUGACGAUCUUCAAAGAGACUGUACUUAUGUCGUUGUGGGAAGAGAGCCGUUUAAGAAAGUCGGAUAUGAUGUGAAAGACUUGAGGCCACAACGUUUGGCUCCCCCGAAAGAGCCUGAGGUAAAUUUUCUUGCUCUAAAUCAUCGCAAAUUCAGAAAUGUACCUGGCAAAGCCCGUAUUAGCGGUCUGCGAAAAAAGGAAGAGAUUAAAACAAUUAUUGUUUUUUGCAAUGGAAUUGUUUCAAAACCAAGAAGAGUGCAGUUACGAACAGACUUCAAGAUGUACCAGGUUUUAGAGUCUGUAAAUGAUAAAGUCAGUUCCCAUAGCAAGAAUGGUGCAGUUUACGAUUUAUAUACCCUAGACGGACACAAGAUAAGUGAACCAUCCGACCUUGACGACAACGGGCAAUAUGUUGCUGUGGGGAGAGAGAGAUACUUUGAUAGAAGUGUUUCAUACAGUGACCAUGGAGUAGCUGCUCAGCUUACUCCAAGAAGAGCUUCAACAAAGCCAAAAGUGACAGAAAGAAGACCUCCUGCGAAACAUAGAGGUGCGGCAAAAAGGACAUCUAAGAAAAAGUCUCUUGUUGCUGAUAAUGAUGAGCCAAUCACCAGUUUGGAAGCAGACAUUACCAGAAGGGAUUUUAGGGACAUAAAUUCAUCUCCUGAACCUGUCAAGGAAGAAGAACCACAGUCAUUGUUUGAUUCAUUCAAAGAAACAGUCACAGAGUCGCUGAGAGAUGACGAUGAACCACAGGGAGCUUAUGCUGCAGAAAGAAGCAACUCACCACAUCAAUCUGACAUUGAAGACAUACCACUUGAGGACACUAUACAAGAAAAGGUUGCUGAUGUUCUUGGAGAUCAUGGUGUUACACUAGGAGGGCUUGUUGAUGACAAAGAAGAUAAGUCAUAUGAGGAGAGACGAAACAGUUCAGCUGAUGUGCAGCCAUCUGUGUAUGAAGCUAGUGGUGAGAACAAAGAAGACGCGACAGAAAUCCAAGAUGACAAAGAAACUGAAGAGGACAAACCUAUUGAUCAAAUGCCAGCUGAAGAGGUGGCGGAUGAAGAAAUUGAAGCUGAAGGCAACGAAAACAGAGACAAUGCUGAGGAAGAGGUUGACAACAAUGAAGCCGAAGACAAUGAAAACAGAGCGAAUGCUGACGAGGAGGUUAACAACAAUGAAGGUGAAGAAGUACAAGAAGAAGAAAUUGAGGAGAAUAAGGAAGCUAAAGGAGAAGACAGUGAGCAGGAUCACCCCGAAGUAAGUGAGCCACCUGAAGACAACGAAACAAACGAACCCCUCGAUACAAACGAAGCCGAUGAACCACUCGAUACAAACGAAGCCAAUGAACCACUCGAUACAAACGAAGCCAAUGAACCACUCGAUACAAACGAAGCCAAUGAACCACUCGAUACAAACGAAGCCAAUGAACCACUCGAUACAACUGACCCACCUGAGGCAAAUGAGCCACAAGAAUCCGUACAGUGAAAAUAAUAUAUAUUUGUUUAGAUUAUUCAGUAGUUUUAAGAAGUCAAGCCAGGGUUCCCGCCACAAGCAGAGACAUCCUAUGCGCUAGACAUUCUUCGCCAGUUUUCCUCUGUUUGUAUGUCAACCUGUGAAUUCCGAAAAUCAUACGGAAAGUGACCAACUUUCCAUACUUUUUCUCUGAGGUCAAUAACAUUAAAGUCGCAAAUCUUGUCUCGCA